UGAGCGAGUGGGGAAAUGGAUUCAAGGAGAGAGCAGAUAGAAGGAGAAGCAGCUCCAGGGGGCAGCGCUGAGGCGCGACGCAGAUCCUCAGCCUCAGAGUCCAGACCUGAGUCCAUGAAGAGUGACCAGUCUAAAGGUCCUCCAGACGUCAGACAUGAACCUGAACCUUCAUCCUCACUAGUAAAGCCCUGGCCCUGGACUCAACACGAUGACAGGACAGAACAAAAGCAGGUCCACAGAACUUCACUGACAGGUGAAGAGCUCCAGAAGGUUCUGCAGGAGUAUAAGCUGAGCCUGAGCAGCAGAUGUGGGAGUGUGACGGAGGGAACUGAAGGAGCAGGAAGUAGAACUCCUCUGAACAUGAUCUACACUGAGCUGUACAUCACAGCAGGCCUCAGUGAAGAGGACACAGCCCGACAUGAAGAGAGGAGGCUGGAGGAACUCUCCAAAAAAACAGUCCAGGAAACCUCCAUCAGGUGUCAGGACAUCUUUAAAGCACUGCCCACUGAGCAGCAGGGGGCGCCACAGCAGAAGGAGCAGAAGAAGCAAAGGUCCAUCAGAGCGGUGCUGACCUGCGGCGUGGCUGGAGCGGGGAAGACCUUCUCAGUCCUGAAGUUCUCUCUGGACUGGGCCCAGGGUUCAGAGAACCAGGAUGUGGACCUGGUGCUGCCGCUGUCCUUCAGAGAGCUGAACCUGGUCAGAGAGGAGAGCUACAGUUUGGUGGAGCUGAUACAACUGUUCCAUCCAGCGCUGGAACCACAGACGCUCACAGCACAAACUCUGUCCGUCUCUAAACUCCUGUUCAUCUUCGACGGCCUCGACGAGAGCAGACUGUCUCUGGACUUUCACUGUGAGUUCAUCUCUGAGGUCACACAGAGGUCAGAGGUCAGCGUGCUGUUAGUGAACCUCAUCAAAGGCAAACUGCUUCCUACUGCCCUUAUAUGGAUCACCUCCAGACCAGCAGCAGCCAAUCAGAUCCCAGCGCAGUGUGUGCACAGGGUGACAGAGGUCAGGGGCUUCAUCACUGACCAUCAGAAGGAGCAGUACUUCAGGAAGAGGUUCACAGAUGAAGAGCAGUGUAAGACAGUCCUGUCCCACAUCAGAACCUCCCGCAGCCUCCACAACAUGUGCCAGAUCCCAGUCUUCUGCUGGAUCACAGCCACGGUCCUGGACCACAUGUUGAGAACCAAUCAGAGCGGAGCGCUGCCCCAGACACUCAGCGACAUGUACGCCCACUUCCUGUUAGUGCAGACCUACAGGAAGAGCAAGAACACAGGAGAGAGCAGCGGUCCAGAGCUGAACACAGACGACUGUGAGCUGCUCCUGAAGCUGGGCAGACUGGCCUUUGAACAUCUGCAGAAAGGAAACUUCAUGUUCUACCAGGAGGACCUGGAGCAGGUGGGUCUGGACCUGACCGAGGACUCGGUCUAUUCAGGACUCUGUACAGAGAUCUUCAAACGAGAGAGUGUCCUCUUCAACAAAUCCAUCUACUGCUUCGUCCACCUGAGCGUCCAGGAGUUUAUGGCAGCGCUUUACCUGCUCCACUGCUUUGGAAGUGACCCACAGGUCGUUCAGAGGUUUCUUGGUAAAAAGAUGAUAAAAUUAAGUGCAAGUGAGUUUCUCAAACGAUCUCUUGUUAAAUCCAUGAAGAGUUCAAACGGCCGCCUGGACCUGUUUGUGCGCUUCCUUCAUGGCCUCAGUCUGGACUCCAACCAGAAGCUUUUAGGACGUCUGCUGAGUCCAGUAAACCAAUCAGAAAUCCCCAAAGUCAUUGAAAACCUGAAAGAGAUGAGCUCAGAGAAAGUCUCUCCAGACCAAAGCAUCAACAUCUUCCACUGUCUGAUGGAAAUGAAGGACCAGUCGUUCCUGCAGCAGAUCCAGGACCUCCUGAAGUCUAGAGGAGCAUCACAGGAGGAACUGUCUGAGUUCCAGUGCUCGGCUCUGGCCUACGUGCUGCAGAUGUCAGAGCAGGUCCUGGAGGAACUGGACCUACAGAAGUACAACACAUCUGUUUGUGGUCGACAGAGACUGAUCCCAGCGGUGAGGAGCUGCAGGAAGGCUCGGCUUGUUGAGUGUGGACUCUCAAAGACUCACUGUGAAGUGGUGGCCUCAGCGCUGCAGUCCAGCUCCAACCAUCUGAAAGAGCUCGAUCUGAGUGGAAAUGACCUGAGUGUCUCAGCAGUGGUUACGCUGUGUGCUGGACUGCAGAGUCGUCACUGUGAACUCUCCAGUCUCAGAUUGAGUCGCUGCAGUUUGACCUACAGCUGCUGUCUGCCCCUGGAUGAAGCUCUGUGGAUAAACCCCUCCCACCUCAGAGUCUUGGACCUCAGUGAAAAUCUUGAACUAACAGAUCUUGGAGUGGAGAUUUUGUGUGAUUUUCUGUGGAACCCACUGUGUCAGCUAGAAACUCUGAGAUUGAGUCGCUGCAGUUUGACCUACAGCUGCUGUUGGCCCCUGGAUGAAGCUCUGUGGAUAAACCCCUCCCACCUCAGAGUCUUGGACCUCAGUGAAAAUCUUGAACUAACAGAUCGUGGAGUGGAGUUUUUGCUUCGUUUUCUGUGGAACCCACUGUGUCAGCUAGAAACUCUGAGUUUAAGGUCCUGUGGUGUGUCGGACCUCAGCUGUCGGUAUUUGGCUUCUGCUCUGAGGCUCCGUCCUUCACUUCCUCUGAGGCACCUGGACCUACGGGGCAAUACUGUGACGUCUGCUGGACUCCAGGAGCUGAGAGAGAGAGUCGACCAGGACCAGGUCAUCAGCUGCAUGUCCUCAGGUCACGACAAGAACAACAAGUAG